AACAGAGCUCCAGUGGCUCAACAAGCGACAGAUCACAGGACUCCAUAGCACUGAGUCCAGGGCAGUUAAAAGUGGUGUCAAACCGGUUUGUUUCUGCAGUCCAGAUGCACGGCCAAAGUCAUGCUCAGAAUUGGAAGAUGUGUCAGAAUCCCUCCUGGGCAGAAUGGCUGAAAUGGAGGUCAUGUCCUGGAAAAGGAGGACGCUUGUUCACCCUGGGUAGGCCAGCCUGAGAGUGACUGACCAGCCCAAGGCUUUCUCAGUGGCAGUAGGGUUGACCAGAUGUCCUACCCAGAAAGGAGGACAAGGCACAGCAAGAUAGAGGACAUUUCACAAACAAAAUGUGAUUGGCCUCGGAUUUUCCAUGCUGUUUUAUUCAUGGGACGAAUUCAACAAAAAUUAUUUCAAAAUGAUAGCGAACAUUAUCAUUUUGAGUGUCCUGAUUUGCAUUUCUUUAUCGUUUUGGAUUGUGUCCAUGACUGCAAGUACAUAUUAUGGUACUUUGCGACCAAUUUCUCCAUGGCGGUGGCUUUUUUCAAUCUUAAUUCCAUUAAUAAUUGCUUCAAGAGGAUUUAAGAAAAAGAGCCUUGAUCAUGGGGGAGCAAUAGGAGGUUUAAUAGUUGGAUUUAUCCUCACAGUUGCAAAUUACAGCUUUUUCACUGCCAUGCUCACAUUUUUCAUCACUUCCUCCAAACUAACCAAGUGGAAAGGAGAAGUAAAGAGGCAAAUAGACCCUGAAUAUAAGGAAGGUGGGCAGAGAAAUUGGGUGCAAGUGUUCUGCAAUGGUGGUGUACCUGCAGAAUUGGCUCUGUUAUACAUGAUUGAAAAUGGACCAGGUGAAAUCCCAGUAGAUUUCUCUAAACAGUAUACUGCAUCUUGGAUGUGCCUGUCACUUCUGGGUGCUUUGGCCUGCUGUGCUGGAGACACAUGGGCUUCAGAGAUCGGCACCGUCAUGAGUCAGGAACCGCGGCUGAUAACAACCUGGAAAAAGGUUCCAGUAGGUACCAAUGGUGGUGUUACUUUUAUAGGCCUGAUCUCCAGUUUGCUUGGUGGCGCAUUUGUAGGUGUGGCUUAUUUCAUCUCCCAGAUGAUUUUUGUCAAUGAUCUGGAUAUUUCUGCACCGCAGUGGCCCAUUAUUGUGUUUGGUGGACUGGCUGGUUUGCUAGGUUCUAUAAUUGAUUCUUAUUUAGGAGCAACAAUGCAAUACAGUGGUCUGGACACACGUACUGGAAUGGUUGUCAACCAUCAGACCAAAGGUGCAAAGCACAUAUCUGGAAAACCUAUUCUGGAUAAUAAUGCAGUAAAUCUCUUCUCCUCUGUAGUCAUUGCUUUGUUGUUGCCUGGAGCAGCGUGGGGAUUUUGGCCAAGAGGUUGACGUUGGUGUAUUGACUCCCAUAUGUUUUAUUUAAAGAAGCUGUGACCUAAAGCAUUCUUCACAAGGCACUUUUAUAACUUUGGGCUGGAUUGUAUUUUCCUGUAACUCUUCUGGAGGCAUGAGGAAUCAUCAGGCAAUUAAAGCUAUGCUUCCUAUAGCAGCUGCAGACAUGCUAGGCCAAGUGGACGGAACACAGGAAUACUGAUUUGAUUCCACUUCAUUUAUACUGGAAUGCUAUUCUUGCUUAAAUGAUUACAAUUUUGCCAGUUAAGUACUUUUGUUCAGCCCAUUCCUCACAGUCUGGCAACGGAGGAAAUAAAGGUUAACUUCUUACAGAAUACUACUGUAUUCAUGAAGCAAAACAAUGGAUCUUAACCUUUUACAUCUCCUUUAUACUGUAUUUCUGUUGUGGGAUGGGGAGGCACACUUUGGGAAUUUUUCUCCUUUUGCUCUUAGAACAUUCUGGGGAAAUGACAACACAAUGUUUGCGUGUCAGUUGAAUCACAUACACACAAAAAAAAUCAAAAUAUUUUACAGUUUGGGGGUUGUUUUCUGAGUAAUACAUUGGCAAAAAAGAUUGGCUCUUGCAAGCGUGUGUGCUAUUUGUUAGCUGUGCCAUGAAAUCUAAUAAUAAUUAUUGAUGUCCAGUGUUUAAAUAUUUAAUUUGUUAAAUUUAAAACCUGAUGUUUAGAAUAUUUGUUUUGCCCAAUGCCUGUUGAUGGUUUUUAUCCUAGCAUAUUCAACAAAUGAUAUUCUUUACAUUCAUUCCAGGUAGUUCUGUUAUUUAUGAUUGCUGUUGCUGUUUGUUUUUUUAACCUGAGAGUGGUGAUAACUUGCAGAUUUGCUUUGGCUAUUGAAAAAAAGUUACUGCUUGAUUACAUGCAUUGUACAAGUUAUCCAAUUCAGAAGUUUUGUUUUUACAAAGAUGAGUUGGGGUAAAAAUUACUCUUCACUGUAUCUCAAUGCAGUAUAUGACACCCCCCCUUGUGCUGAUGAAAAAAAGAACUUCAAAUAUUACCCUUAGUGUGUAUAUCUGUGAGUUUAAUUACAGACACAGUAAAAUAUGCUUCAUUGUA